CGGUAGGUGGAUCACUUGGGUUGGUCAACGACGACCGUUUCCACUUUGAAGCAGAAACUUGUAAGAGAUUCCGCAUGCAGUUUUCAACACCUGCAGAUUCUUCCAACGCCAUUUUAAUCCCUCAUCAUCCACCAUCUUUUCUCUCUGCUUUUCCCUUUUGCUUUAAUCUACGUCGAUUCCCCUGCGCACUCUGGUUUAUAUUUUAGAGAAGAUCUGUAACUAUGGCUGACAAAAUCUCAGCUGAGAACCUCCUUAACAACCUCAUGGAUACAUUUGCUGAGAAGCGGAAACCUGUUUCAUUCUUUGAGGGAGAGAGUUCAAACUCACUGCAUUCUCAGUUUAGGAGACUUUUUGGACGUCAGAAGCCUGUGCACCAUCUUUUAGGGGGUGGAAAAUCUGCUGAUGUCUUAUUAUGGAGGGACAAGAAGAUUUCUGCUAGUGUUUUAACUAGUGCAACAUCUGUAUGGGUGCUUUUUGAAUGGCUUAAUUAUCAUCUCCUGACUCUUGUAUGCUUUGCUCUGGUUCUUAUCAUGCUUGUGCAGUUUGUUUGGUCAAAUGCUUCUGGCUAUUCUAGCAGUGUUCCAUCUGAAGUUCCACGCCUUGCUCUCCCAGAAGAUUUCUUUGUCAACAUCGCAAAAACAGUAGGUGCUGAGGUUAACCGGGGUUUGAGGUUUAUUCAAGAUGUUUCUUGUGGAGGAAACUUGAAGCAAUUUCUUGUUGUUGUUGGUAGCUUGAUGUCUGCGGCUGUGAUUGGAGGCUGGUGCAAUUUUCUCACUGUCAUUUAUAUUGGUUUUGUGGCUGCACACACACUCCCAGUUCUGUAUGAAAGGCACGAAGAUGAAGUCGACAACUUCGUGUACAAGAUUCUUGAUGAGAUGCAGAACCGCUUAAGCCUUGAUGCUGGUUUUCUCAGCAGGAUCUCCAAGGGAAAGCUCAAAGGAAAGAAGUAUGAUUAAAUUGUUAAUAAUGCUCAACGUGAUGGUUUUAACUUGAAUAAAGUUGUUUUUAAUAUUCUGCUUCAAUGUAGUGUCUUGGAUGCUGUUAAUGCUUUUCUGUUUCAAAGUUUUGGUCUUGGAACCCUUUUCAGUUUCAACCAUUGAUUUGGAAGGCA